CUCGGGAAGCGCUCAAUAAGAGCCUGCCUGCUCAGACGGAAAAUGUUAAUGCUGUUGUUUACUCUGUUACCAGAUCUUUUGUUGCUCUUGCAGAGACAUACUUUUUUAAGCUAACCUAGCUUUAUCUGUCUUGACUUGUAGCUGAAUUUUUAAGCGCACAGGUUUAAGGAAAUAGAAAUUUAUUCCACGAAUUUGCGAGUUGUUGCACAUUUGGUUUCUGAAGAUGUUGGCUGGUUAUCCGUCGCGUUUUAAACGACCUAAUCCAGCUAACUGCUCAUGCUGGAUUUAUCCCUGACGAAGAGCACUUUCAGAGGAGGGGGCAUCAGUUUGUACAAAAGAGCUGCACCGACUGAUGUCAAAAGAUUGAAUACCUUUCUUAGAAUCGGCUUAUUUUAAUUCGCAAUACGCCUUACUGAAAUUUGACGAGGGCAAAGUGAGUUACAGUUUUAUGGGAAUUUUCUCACCGGACUCAUUCAUUAAUCACCAUGAGACUGGUAUUGCGAUCUUCCAGUUCUUUAGUGGGCAUUUUGAACCCAUUUAGUACUAAACAAGAAAAAAAGAACUAGAAAAGGAAGGGAAAUAUAAAACAGGCUGCGGGAUUGGAUCUGUUUACAUUUCAGAGAAGGUAAUUCAUGACUAUGCUAAUUAGUCUGCCAAAAGUGUUAACUUACGUUAACUAAUUUUACAAUUUUAUGGAAAGCGACGUAGACGUCGACGAGUAGUGCGUCGGACGUCAUUUUUAUCAUAGAAUCACGGUUGUACUCUGAAGAGAUUUGAAAGUUCGCCUCUAAAUAACGUACCUUCAAAAUCAUGCAAGUGCUGAUUGUUUUACUUUCAAGGAACUGUUCUCAGGGUCUAUAGCACAGAUAGCUCUUAGCCCUAGUGUAACGCUAACAGGAGAGUUAAGGAGCGGAAAUACGAGCAAUAUUUUUGUCAAACUUGUCGCGCAACAGUGAUGCCGUGAUAGUUUUUGUCUAAUGCAAACUCGACGUCCUCUGUGGUUUCUUUUUUCCGGACCGAAUAGUGGUAUUUUCCGCCGAAUCCGCCAUGUUUGUUGACAUUUGAUGACAAGAGAGCUCGACCACGAAUACGUCAUUUUCACGGACCAAUCACAGACGUUGUUUGUGAAAAUGUUGCGUGACCCUCUGUGCACUGAUGCUGAAAGUACUGCCUUGAUAUUCUUUCUCAGCCUCUUCUGGAUCUCUAAAGAAGUAAAGAUCAGGAAUAUCAACAAACCGAAGCCCACAAUAUGGCGGCACUUAUUGGGGAAAGAGUUGGAAUAAAAAGGACAGGGAGCAAGGCUACAGUGCCCGAGAACCCAACAGCGAAACUGAUGUACUACCUUCACUGUGUGGCACACGUUAUUCAGCUCGACAAUCCGAAUCUCAGCAGGCUGAGGAACUACGAGAGGUACUACUUACUAAGCGACGCAGAAAUAGACGCCUUGUUGGCACUGGUCCUAAUUUUCAGCCCAGAUGAGCUGAUUGGUAAAGUAUUCUUCCCCAGCGAGGACUGUGGGGGAAGCACCAACCAAUUCUUUGAGUUGAGUUCAGUCACUCACAUGUUAGCUGUGUCAGACAACGUUCUGAUUGGAGGAGAAAGGAAGAGAGUAGCUAACAUUAUGUUCUUUAAGAGAUGCUGGUUGGAAGGCAACUUCAUUUCACCUUUGAGGUCAUUUGAGGGUCGUCUGCAAAGGCUGGCACGGGGUCUACCAGGCAGAGCACCAUCUCGCCCCAGAGCACCCUCUCGCCUCAGAGUAUUAUAUCCACCAAGAUCAUACUCUUCUAUACCGGAAAGACCUGACUCUCCUUCUUCGUCAUGUUGUUGCAACAUUUUGUAGAGAAGUAAAUUUGCUGUCAGACAGCACAGUCUCGGCAGAAAAGACUGAAGUCGAACACGUACAUAGAUGAUUUUUAGUUUCCCUGACGAGGAUUUCUGAGUUAUACUGAUUGUUUUUUUUUUUACUUUGGAUUCAGUACAUAAUUACUGAACAGCAAUAUUUUCAAGCAAUUGCAAUCAGUGGAGUUUUAUGUCAAAAUGCAGUGAAAGCAGAAACCACUGAAGUCUACUAGGACUAUUACUUGUACGGACGCAUACGUACUUGGUAGAUAGGUUCCAUAACGGAUUAAUGGGUUGUAUUUUCUAUACUUUGUGCUCAGUGCAUAAUUACUGGACAACAAUUCUUUGUAGUAUUCAUCGAAGUUUAAUGUUCGUUAAACAGAAAUCACAGCAAAACGUCUUAAUUCCAUAGCUGAUUACUGAGAUGGGCCUGGGAUGUAUCUUUUAUAUUUAGUGUUCAGUCAUACAGUACAUAAUUACCGGAUAACAAUCCAUUUUUUUUUGUGGUGAUCAAGGAAGUUAAUGUGAGCCAGCAGUCACAGCAAAAACGACUGAACGAAUACAUUACAUGUAAUUGAUGUUUUUAUAACGGAUUAUUGGGUUGUAUUUUCUGUAAUUUGUAUUCGGUGCAUCAUUAAUUACUGGAUAGCAAUAUUGUAGAGUAAUAAACGCAGUUUAAUAUCAGACCGAGUAGUUAUUGCUGACACAACUGAGGUCUAUUCAUAUAGUAUUCGCUUGCAGCAGAAUAGCCGAUAAUUAAGAGUUUCCAUAACGGAUUACUUGGUUGUGUUUUCUAUAGUUUUUCAUCCCCAGAACCGCUGAAUUGUCAUAUUUUGUAGUAAUCAACGCAAUUAUAUGCCAUAAAAAGCAUUUCGAGAGCACUAACAAGUAAAGUUUAUUUAGAGCAUUUCUUACACGAACGCAGAAAUAGAUAAUUGAUAGUUUUCCUGGCCGCAAGGAACCACUGGGCUCCAUUUUCUAGCUGUCAUUUUGUAUUCAGUACAUAAUUGCUGAAGUGUAGUAUUUUGCGGUAUCUAAAUCAACCUUAUUUGAUGUCACAUAUUUCAGUUACUAACCAACACAUCCAUAGAAAAUGAUUUGGUAGCCAUCACCAGAAGUAAGUCUCGAGGUACGAGAUUGUAACCACUUUGGCCCGCUCUCCAAAUUAUUGGAGUGUCAUUAACGUUGCUGUAUUCAAUAAAUAUUUAUGCAGCAAUUGCAA